CCCUUGUUUUCAACGGCCCGGAAAAGGGGGUUUUGGAGCUCAACACGGCAACAAAUCACACAACAAAAGGAAGUGAGGCUUGUACGCACUAAUCAUUUUUGUUUUUUAAAACGUGUAGAAUUAACAAAAAUACGAGCUUGUUGUGAUUUAUUUGGAUCAUAAUAAGAGUUGAAACCGUCUCGACCAACAUGGAGUUAUAAAGCGUAAAGAUUGGUCUGAAUCCCAAGUUGCCGAGCUCUUCCCGGGUCCCUUUGGGGCCCAGGAAGAGGAUGCAUCGAGGCGGGGAUAAAGACUUCCAGAUAUCAGCACGGAAGAUGGGAACAUCCCUGCUUUUCCAGCUGUCGGCGCAUGAAAGAGAGCUGGAUUUGGUAUUUCUGGACCACAGCUACGCCAAGCCCUGGAACGCCCAUCCAGACGCCAGCAGCGCCCGGCCCACACGGACGCUGUUUGUUACCCCUCGUCGCCAGCCUGAACCCGUGUCAGACCCUGAUUCACUUCUGGAUGUGGAGACGGUGACACCGAGACCUGUUCCUCUGUAUGAUAAUCAGAAAGCUCUCAGUGUGAUGAAGGAGUGUGAGAGACAUGUUCUGUUUGCUCGUACCGUCGCUGAGAGCCCCCCACCCCCCGAUGACUGGGAGGAACAUGUAAACAAGAUUGGAUGGUCAGUGGCCCAGAACAAGCUGUUCAACAAAGUCCUUAAAGCUUUACAAGCUGAAAGACUAGCGCGUCUUGCCAAUGAACAUGCUUCCAAUGAGCCAAUCUUGCGGAGGAUAGCCGUGGACAACUGUGCCAGGAAGGUGCGCCAUGCAUUAGCCAGUGUGAGCUGGGACACCAAACUGACGCAGUGGUUACACACUACCAUGAUUGAAUCCUUGAGCCUGGCGAUGCUAGCUGCCUACCUGGAUGUUCUGCAGACUCUCAAAAGCAAGUUGCCGUUGCUGAUUGACAGAAUGUUGCUAACGACUACAAAGACCGGCGCUCCAAGUGCCGAGGCCCUGUCGCUGCUGCUGAAACGGCCCUGGGACCCAGCUGUUGGAGUCCUGUCGCAAAACAAACCGAGCAAGCUUCAUGGAUCCCCUCUCAUCCUAAUUGCACCAUCAAGCCCAACCAAUCCCGCGCUCUCUACCUCGAGGCGAAUGAGAUUCUGGCAGUCUCAGCUGUCGUGUUUGGGAAAGGUCAUUCCAGUGCACAGUCACGUCAGCAGCGGAGCCAAUAUUGGCAUCACACAGUGUCUGGAGCACAUGUUGGGCACCGUCAGGGCCAAGGUCAUGGAGGUUCACAGUCACUUCCCCCACAAACCCAUUAUCCUGGUUGGCUGGAAUACGGGUGCUCUCAUCGCCUGUCACGUUUCCCUAAUGGAGUAUCUCACCGGUGUGGUGUGUCUCGGCUUCCCGCUGCUGACAGUCAACGGGCCACGAGGGGAUGUGGACGACCCUCUGCUGGACAUGAAGACCCCCGUGUUGUUUGUGUUGGGCCAGAACGCCCUGCAGAGCAGCAUCGAGGGCAUGGAGGAGUUCAGAGAGAAGCUGAGGGCGGACAACAGCAUGGUGGUGGUGGGGGGAUCCGACGACAACCUCAGGAUUAAUUCAGCAAAGAUGAAAUCAGAAGGACUGACGCAGACAAUGGUUGACCGCUGCAUUCAGGAUGAGAUCUCUGACUUCCUGUCAGGCGUCCUCACUCGAGCGGAGGGUCACGGCCACGGCUCCGGGGAGAUGAGGGACCAGGACACAGAAAAGAAGAAAAGGCCUCGGCGGGAGCUUCCCUUCGACUUGGAAAGAGGGCGACCUUCCUCUCCUGCACUCAGACUUCCCAUCUCACCGUCAGGUUCAGAGGAUCUGUCGAGUGUCUGCAGCAGCCCCACGUCCAGUCCCAAACCCAAGACGUCGGGUCUGUCUCCAGCUCAGAAGUCCAGUCUGAUCACAGCCACGCAGCUCCUGAAGACACACAUGCAGCGCUCGGGCACAGUGCUCACUCACAAGCAGGCUCAAGCUCAGUUUGCUGCUUUUAUGAAACAAAACAUGCUUGUGAGGAAAAACCUUCCUCCUGGCACUCCUCCUUGUAUUUUUGUGCCAGUGAGCAGCGAUCAGAUGGAGGGCCUGGACAGAGAUGAACUGAGGCCCCAUGGCAAGAGGAGGCAGGCGCCGAGUCCCACACCAAGCAAGGCCUCCAAAAGAGCCAAGAUCAAGGUCACCAUCGUUUCCCAAAGCGAGUCAGCAGGGGGCAGCAUCAGCCCUGCUGCACAGGAAGUUUCCGGGAAGCCCUUAACGGUGACGUUGGGACAGACUGUGGCAGGAGCCAAGGAGCUCUCUGGACUCCUCACAGGCCAGCGGUCUGGUAGUCUCUCAGAGGUUUCUGGUGCCCUGUCGUCAGGCUCCAUCUCUUUCAACAGCGUGCAGCCGUGCAUGGUAUCAGGCUCCUCCACACCAGUCCAGGUGCAAGCUCCGGCUACUGCCCAAGGGUCUUCCGCCAGCAGUCUGCUUCAAGGCCUAAGUUACAGUCUUCAGGAGAUCGUCACCAAAACGCCUAGCUUUCCCUCCACAGAUGCCAGUACAGGCAGCACACAGGCGGUCUGUGGUCGGCCCCAGGCUCAGGUCCUGAGCUCGGCCGGUCCCAGCAGCAGCGCUCUGCUCCGGGCGGUGCCUGUGGUCGCCUCAGGAGGAGCGGCUAAAACCACCGCCAUCCACCAGCUGCUCACUAACGGCGGGUUGGCCAAAAUAGCCAGCAGCUUGCCCGGCUUGGCGCACAUCACCAAUCAGACCGCUGGGCAGAAAGCCCCCACCUCGAUAACGGUGACCCUGAGAGGAGCCCAGUCGAGUAGAGUGGGAUCUCUCAGCCAAGACUACGAGGCUGUGACGCCGAUUCGCACCCUUGAGCCAAAGCAGUGAAGGGUUUCCAUGUGGCGUUACACCUGAGCUAAGCUGGGGCUCUUCCUGCUGAUGAGACUGUUCCCUCCCUGAGAUGAUGAACACGCCAACCUGCAACUCUCACAACACCUGGCCGUCCUCCAGAGACUCCCUGCGGAGAAGGAGAAGGCCAUGCAGUCGCUGUUGGCUGUGGCUGAAUGCUGCGUUGCUUAACCUCUAUGUACAGCAGAGGAGCGCUGACUCUGCGUCUCCAUGCUUCAGUCUGGGCUCUCUUCUUACACACCUCUGACAGCCAGGAGGAAAACCUGAUCUCAUGUCAUCCUCAAGGGAGGAAACUUUAUCAUGUGAGGAUAAACUGCAAAGUACCUGGACUUGGACAGUCUUGCUGCUGACUUUACACCUACAUCUUGAUAAAAAACAAAACGUUAGCUUUGCUUUAUAAGUGUAUAUUAAUGGAACAAUUCACCCCCAAAAUGAUCUUUUGUAUAUACAUUACUCAGCCCCUUUUACAUUUUAAUGAGGAUCUAUUAUGCUUUUGGGGUUUUUUAUAUUUCCUGAAUUGUGUUAUAUAGGUUUAAGAAAAGCAGAUAUUUGUCUUUGAAUUCAUAGUAACCGAGUAAUUGUGUAGGUGGAGUAUCCCUUUUAGUAUAAAUCCUUUUGCCAUCA